AUGUCUCCCUUUUCUUUACAGUCCAAGUCUUUGAGUGAUAGUAAGAACCGCCACAAAAAGCCCAAGGACCCCAAACCGAAGGUGAAGAAGCUUAAAUACCACCAGUACAUCCCCCCAGACCAGAAGGCAGAGAAGUCCCCACCACCCAUGGAUUCUGCCUAUGCCCGGCUGCUGCAGCAACAGCAGCUCUUCCUGCAGCUGCAGAUCCUCAGCCAGCAGCAGCAGCAGCAGCAGCAACAGCAGCAGCAACAGCAGCGGUUCAACUACCCUGGGAUACACCAAACACACCUCAAAGAACCUAAUGAACAGAUGGUCAGAAAUCCGAAUUCCUCCUCAACACCAUUGAGUAAUACUCCUCUGUCCCCUGUCAAAAGCAGUCUGUCUGGACAAACUGGUGUUUCUUCUCUAAAACCAGGCCCCCUUCCAGCAAACCUGGAUGAUCUCAAGGUGUCCGAGUUAAGACAACAGCUUCGAAUACGAGGCUUGCCGGUGUCAGGCACCAAGACAGCACUGGUGGACAGGCUUCGACCCUUCCAGGACUGUGCUGGCAACCCUGUGCCCAACUUCGGGGACAUCACGACUGUCACCUUUCCUGUUACACCCAACGCCUUGCCCAGUUACCAGUCCUCCCCUUCGGGCUUCUAUCACUUCGGCAGCACGAGCUCCAGCCCACCCAUCUCCCCUGCUUCAUCGGACCUGUCGGCCGCAGGGUCCCUGCCAGACACCUUCACUGAUGCGUCACCUGGUUUCGGCCUGCAUGCGUCCCCGGUGCCAGCCUGCACCGACGAGAGCCUGUUGAGCAGCCUGAAUGGGGGUUCCGGCCCCUCGGAGCCCGAUGGGCUGGACUCGGAGAAGGACAAGAUGCUGGUGGAGAAGCAAAAGGUGAUCAACCAGCUCACCUGGAAGCUGCGGCAGGAGCAGCGGCAGGUGGAGGAGCUGAGGAUGCAGCUGCAGAAGCAGAAGAGCAGCUGCAGCGACCAAAAGCCACUGCCCUUCCUGGCCGCCACCAUCAAGCAGGAAGAUGUCUCUAGCUGUCCCUUUGCAGCUCAACAAGUGUCUGGGAAGGGACAGGGCCACAGCUCUGACAGUCCUCCUCCGGCCUGCGAGGCUGCUCAGCUGCUGCCCCACUGUGUGGAGUCCUCAGGUCAAACCCAUGUACUCUCGUCCACGUUUCUCAGCCCCCAGUGUUCCCCUCAGCACUCGCCCCUGGGGACCCUGAAGAGCCCCCAGCACAUCAGCCUGCCCCCCUCACCCAACAACCCUUACUUCCUGCCCGCCUCCUCUGGGUCGCAGAGAGAGAGCCAUGGGGUCUCCUCACCUAGCAACAGCCAAGGGUGCGCACAGACCUCAGGGGCACACGAAAGCCAUCCUCCUAGCUUCUCCCCACCGUCUUCCAGCCUCCAUCAGCCCUUCUCUGGUACCCAAGCAGACAGCAGUCACAGUGCUGGGCUCAACCCUUGUCCUAAAAGCCCUGUUAUCCAUCCAAAGAUGACUGGUUUGCAAUCUUCUGACAAGGUGGGGCCAAAGUUUUCAAUUCCAUCCCCAACUUUUUCCAAGUCAAGUUCAGUGGUUUCCGAGAUAACCCAGCCCCCAUCCUAUGAAGAUGCAGUAAAGCAGCAAAUGACUCGGAGUCAGCAGAUGGAUGAACUCCUGGAUGUCCUCAUUGAAAGCGGAGAAAUGCCUGCUGAUGCCAGGGAAGAUCAUUCUUGUCUUCAAAAAGUCCCGAAGAUACCUGGGUCCUCCUGCAGCCCUACCACCAUCCUCCCCAAGUCCUCAGCUCCCUUUGAGCAGGCAUCUUCGGGAGGUCAGAUCUCCUUUGACCACUAUGCCACCGACAGAGAUGAACACCUAGAAGUCUUACUGAAUUCUCACAGCCCCAUGGGAAAAGUGAGAGACGUCACCCUCCUCAAGAUCGGCAACGAGGAGACUCCUUUUGAUGGAAUCGUGGAUGGCUUCCCAGGGAAGGCUGCCGAAGACCUCUUUAGCGCUCAUGAGCUCUUGCCUGGGCCCCUCUCCCCGAUACAUCCGCAGUUAUCACCCUCAUCCGUGGACAGCAGUGGCCUGCAGCUGAGUUUCACAGAAUCUCCCUGGGAAACAAUGGAAUGGCUGGAUCUUACUCCACCAAACUCCACGCCAGGCUUCAGCAACCUCACCACCAGUGGCCCCAGCAUAUUCAACAUCGAUUUCCUGGAUGUCACAGAUCUCAAUUUGAAUUCCCCCAUGGACCUCCACUUACAGCAGUGGUAAACCCUUGAGGAACAAGGGCUAAGUGAGUUUGAUAGAGAUUCCAUGGGGGAAAGCACACAACCAGAAACACUUGUGUGAUCCAAAAGAUGAAAGGGAAAAAAAUGGGGAGAGGGGGGAAAAACAGCGAUGGAGGUUUUUGUGACAGUCAACCAGAACAAAUAGGAGGCAGUCAUUAGGAUACGUCUGAUGUAAUUCCUACCAGCAUUCAGUAACUGUUGAAAACUUCAGCAAUGCACUCCAAAUUGUGCUUUCUCAGAUUAAAAAUGCCAAAAUUGUCUUUCACUGCCUUUUCUCAUACCAGAAUUUUUCUAGCCCACAGUUUGUCCCAGGCAUUACUGGGACGUAAGUUCACACGACAGUUUGUCUCAAGCAUUACUGAGGCAUAAGCUCACACUGUUGACUUUUGUUAUGAAUUUACUAAACAUUCUAUGGAAGGAAAAUACAGCCUCCAGAGAGGGCAGGGAAGCCAGUGCCUCAGAGGUUCUGGAAGUCGUGCCAUGGUGGAGGCAACUUCCUACUUGUCCAACAUCUAUCUGUCAGAAGAGCAGGUCCUAUUUCAGCUGAUAGAGUCCGUAAGGCAAAAGAGAGGGACAAAACCAAUCCAUUCCAAAAAAAAAAGCAACAAUAA